AAUUCACACACCUUGGUUUCAUGGUGUUGAUUGGCUGUUGAUUGAAAAGGAAACUACAAAUACCUGCAGACACUGCUGUCCCCGGGACUGGAGUUUGACACUCCUGCAUUGGACCGAGAGAGUUAUGACAAAUCUCAGCUGUUGUGAGAUGGAAAAACGUGAAAAGCAGUUCUACGUUUUGUGUGCACAUGACAGAUUAAUAUGUUCAGUCCCUUGGAAGAAGAAAUAAGAAAUCACCCUGGCGCACGUGAGCUUGCUGUCAGCUGAGAGAAAACGGGAUCCCAUCUGUCAGCUGACUCCACGUCUGACAGUUUCAGAGAGCAUGCUAGGAGUCAUCUGUUACUGGUUUUGUUUAAAAUGGUCACUUCGUCUCAGUAGCAUUUAUUGUUCUGCACAGGAUGAAGGUUGCAUGGUUCCAUUAUCCGAGGCAAGGUACUUAACUGAGCCAUUAGUGCUAGUGGUUGGCCAGCGUGUCUUCACACCUGACUCCCAGGUAAAGGGAGGGUGGGAAAACAGCAGUUGCUCACCUUCAAGGACCGUCAUUUGAGUCACAGGGCUCCCCAAUCUCAAUGCCUGUCUGUACCGCCCCCUGGUGUUGGAAUGGGGCAGCACAGCAGAAUCACUGGCCGUCUCCUGACUGUGACCCACCUCUUCAGACUGCAUCCGGGCUGCUCUCCCAUAUCCCCCCCUCAGAAGUCCCACCUGAUCCAGGUUUUUAGGCCUGGUGAAGGACUCUGGGAAUGUUGUUCACUAGGUGUGAUCAAUCAGCUUGAUGGACUUACAUUCUCUUCUAUUGUACAUCACUAUGGGCAAGUUUGUUAAUUUCAUGUAAUGCAAUGUAAUGUGUAUUUCUCAAAUGAUGUUGGGACAUUGUAUUUCUGUUACACUAUGUCAGCGUAACCAGUACUUUUACAUUGUAGUCUGAAAUAUUAACUUUACUGUUAUUAUUAUAGUUAACAACUACAAAAAUAACAACAUUAUUAUUAUUAUUAUUUGUUAAAUAUUUGUUUUCCUUUGAUGUAACUUACACGCGGGUAGGGGGCCCUCCCAGUAUAUUUCAUCCCAGGUCUGAGAAUUAAUAUUUGCAUAUAGGUAUAAAUGUAUAUGUAUUAAUUGUUCAUUAUUGGUGUAAUAUUGAAUUAUGUAACAUAAAAUCUAUUCACGAGACUGAAUUUCAUACAUUCAUAGUACUCCCUGCUCUAUAACAUGUGCCCAGGUGCAGAUGCUUCUUUUUCUCAGCUUCUACUUAUACAGUAUUUCUUCAUUUUUUUUUUUUUUUUUGCUGGUUUGUAACCAGCUGAAAUGCACAUUACCGGCACCUACUGGACAGAAGUGUAAUUAUUAGAUGGCAAAAUUCGGUCGGCCCCCUGCCCCCUAGAGCAGGGUUGCCCAGUCCUGUAGCUGAAAAUCUACCGUCCUGUAAAUUUUCAUGCACACCCUAACACAGCAUAACACAUUCAACAGCUAGGACAGGGCUGCUCAAUCCUGUUCCUGGAGAUCUACGAUCCUGUAGGUUUUUACUCAAAUCAUAACACAGCACAACACAUUCAACAGCUAGGACAGGGCUGCCCAAUCCUGUUCCUGGAGAUCUACCGUCCCGUAGGUUUUCACUCCAACCUUAACAAAGCCACACCUCAUUCAACAGCUAGAGAUCUUGUUGCGCUAAUUUGUGGAAUAAGGUGUGCCAAAUUAGGUUUGAAAUGUAAAAGUGUUGGAUGGUAGGUCUCCAGGAACAGGGUUGGGCAGCCCUACCCUCAACCUUCACAGUAAUUUUUAUUAUUUGGAACCCACAUUUGAGUAAUAAUAACACCCAUGGACGCCUGUGGUGUUUUUCUGUACACAAGCAUCCAUUAUCUAAAGUGUAAGAUGCAUGUGAUAAUGGCGUUCUGUAUUAUGAUUCUGAUCCUGCAAAAGUUGACCAAAGAGUUAAAGACUAUUUUGUUCAGCAACAUUUAAACACGUAGGGAGUAAAUUAAUUACAGCAGAAAGAACAGAUCACUAAUAAAACCUGACAUGGGGUGUAAUGCUAAUACCGCUUGGUCAGUCCUUUACGUUUACGCAAUUCAAUUGUAAUUUCACUCUCCUUGUCAUACAAUUAUGUGCGAACUGUAGAUGGAUACAUCUUUACAGUGCAGUGAAUUGGAGUGGGGAUAAAAAGCAUUGGGAAUUGGUCUUUGUGCUAAAUUAUUGCAGGGCCUAAUCCAGUGUUGCAUGUUUGUAAUUUAGAAUAACAAAUUAAGCAUGUAUAUGUCUUUUACACACACAUAACUGUUUAUCGUUGUCUUAAAUACUUCUUUUAACUGUAUUUGGAUGCAGAGCAGGAGUUUAUUAAAGCCAUGAUGCCCUAACAUUGUAUCUACGAUAUUGUUUCCAGUACUUAAAUAAAUGACGCUAAGAUUACUCUCCCGUUUUCGUAAACUGAUAGAGGGACCGCGGUACUCUAUGAGUGUAUCUGGAUAGCGCUGAAUGGCAGGAUAUGGUUCGAUAUAAGGAACAUUAGUGCAGUGAUCCGGGCUGUGCCCGGGCCGAGUCUCCGCGCUGGGGACCAGGGUUUAUUAGUGCUGUUUGUUUGUCCCGCCAGUAGCCCAUGUUGCCCUGCAGCGGCGCAGGGAAGUGCGGGGAGCGCAGCGGCCUUCGCGCAGGCGCUUUAUAUUGUUUUGACUGAAAAUGCCGUCGGUUUCGAAAACGGCGGCGAGCGCUUCUCCUCAAACCGAGAAACCGACCCACUACACCUAUUUAAAGGAGUUUAGGACCGAACAGUGCCCGCUGUUUUUGCAGCACAAGUGCACCCAGCAUAGACCCUUCACGUGUUUCCAUUGGCAUUUCCUAAACCAGCGGAGGAGACGACCGAUUAGAAGAAGAGACGGGACAUUUAACUACAGCCCCGAUGUUUAUUGUACCAAGUACGACGAAACAACUGGCAUCUGCCCUGAUGGAGAUGACUGUCCGUACCUGCACCGGACCACCGGCGACACCGAGCGCAAGUACCACCUCCGCUACUACAAGACGGGCACGUGCAUCCACGAGACGGACACCCGCGGGCACUGCGUGAAGAACGGCCCCCACUGCGCCUUCGCCCACGGGCCGCACGACCUGCGCCCGCCCGUCUACGACAUCAGAGAGGUCCAGGCGCAGGAGGCCCUGCAGAACGGGCAGCUGGGGGCGGGGGAGGGCAUCCCCGACCUGCAGCCCGGGGUGCUGGCCAGCCAGGCCAUGAUCGAGAAGACUCUCACCGAGGACCCCCGCUGGCAGGACACCAACUUCGUUUUGGCGAACUACAAAACGGACCAGUGCACCAAACCCCCGCGGCUGUGCCGGCAGGGCUACGCCUGUCCCCAUUACCACAACAGCCGGGACCGCCGGAGGAACCCCCGCAAGCACAAGUACAGGUCAACGCCGUGUCCCAACGUGAAGCACGGGGACGAGUGGGGAGAGCCGUCCAAGUGCGAGAGCGGCGAGUCCUGCCAGUACUGCCACUCCCGCACCGAGCAGCAGUUCCACCCCGAGAUUUACAAAUCUACAAAAUGCAACGACAUGCGGCAAACGGGUUACUGUCCCAGAGGGCCGUUCUGCGCCUUCGCGCACGUGGAAAGGGUGCCCUCCACAGAGGAGUCCAUGAGCUCCCUGCUCACUGUGAUGCACUCGGGCUCCCAGGCCAAGCUGGGCCAGCAGUGCUCCGAGUGUCCCAUGGCCGACCUGGCGGGGAACGCCAUCACCAGCGCGGCCAGCAACAACGGCCAAUCAGGGAGCGUCCCGUGCUCUAGUAGCCCGAGCGUAGCGUCCAGCUCGGGGAGCAACAGCUCGUUGUCCCCGGUCGGACCCGGCGGCGGGCCCAAAAGCUUAACUAACGGUAGUUUAUGUUCAGACUCCGCCUCGCCCGCCUCUCCGUACCCCAAAGCCCCGGGGUUCGAACGGGAAGACCAGGCCAAAAACCUGAAGGGCUACCCUGCAGAUGGGAACCAGAAGUUAGCGGACCAAGACAAACAGACCCUCAUCAGCGUGUUUGCGGCCUCCCACGCCCUGGCGUCCAGCAUCACCUCCAGCAUCACCUCCAGCCUGGCCUCCAGCAUGGGCUCGGACAGCUCCUCCCCCACCGCCCUGUCCACCAUGAACGCCAAGGCCACGCCCUUCUACCCCGGGAGCAACACGGUGGAGUCCGUCAUAGGUUCCGCGCUCGACCUGAACUUCCGGGACAUCAACGUCGCGUCGCUCGAUAAAGAAUUGGAGGAGCAAGAAAACAACGGAAUUGGCUUAACAAGUCAGCGGCUGCUCGCCGGCUCCGCCCCCGUCAACAUCCCCCGGUCCCUGGCGCACUCUUCCUCCCUGCCGUCCUCCUCCUCGCUCUCCGCCUCCCCUCUGGGCUCCCUCUCCCAGUCCAUCCUGUCGGGGAUGGCCCCCCAGGCCCCGCCCACCAAGCCCGAGCACAGCCUUCUGGGAUCCUCCACCUCCUCCCAGAAUUCCUUGGGUCUGAACGGGGGCUCUGGCAGCAUUUGGGACUUUGUGAGUCGCAGCUUCUCUCCGGGCCCCUCGGCGUUCGGGGGCGGGGCCUCCGGUGCCAUCUCCUCGGGCAGCACCGACCUGCCGCGGCUCCUCAGGGAGCUGGACGAGGCCAAGAGGAAGAUCAAGCAGUGGGAGGACGCCUGGCAACAGGUCAAACAGGCCUGCGCCGCCUGGCAGAAGGACGCGCGGGACGCCCAGGAGCAGGCGAAGGCCGCCGAGGCCGAGCGGCAGCUGGCGGCGCAGAAGCGGCAGGACGCCGAGCGCCGGCUGAAGGAGCUCCAGGACGACCUGGACGCUCUGUGCCGCUCGCCCGGCGUGCCGCUCCUGCGGAGCUACGGCGAGCUGGACCAGCUGCCCCUCCCCAAGCUGCACUCCAUCCAGAGCCAGCUGCGCACCGACCUGGACCUGAUAGACGGGGUAAUAUAUCAGCUUCAAUCAAAGAAAUGUGUAGUAUGCCAAAAGCACGACCGCUCCGUCGUCCUGCAACCUUGUCAGCAUUACGUACUGUGCGAGAGCUGCGCGCCCGGCAGCGCGGAGUGCCCUUACUGCAAGACGAAAAUACACAAGUGGUGAUGUAGAUCUGUCCGAGGUACUAUUUAUGCUUUUAGCCCUUUGAAGAACUACUAAUGCGUAUAUAAUGCUCUCAAUUUAAGAACAGCAAUUUCUCUUCUUUUUUUUUUUUUUUUCCCCCCAGUAUUUCAUGUAGUGAUUGGAUUUGAUUAGUUUUAUUAGAACGCAAGCAAUAGUGUUUGACUGACACAUGGGUAGGUCCUGUAAUAUUUAAUUUGUUUGUUUUUUUUGUUUGUUUUUUUUUUUUUUUUAAAAGGACAAAUCAUUGAAACAAUUUGGAAGGCAUUCAGUUUAACGCUGUUUUGUCUCUUCAGUAUUUAUAUUUACGUGGCCCUUGUGUGACUUUUAAUGUUUUAAUUGGAAAAGUAUCAGUCAAACAUUGUCAUAGCUACUAGUCAUGUGAAAAUUAUUUUCUUGUAAAAGCACUUUGUCGACCUGGGAAUUCUUUAAAGGUUUACGCUAGAAAAUUGCUUUAAGCUGCUUUGUAGGUUUUUUUUGUGGGUUUUUAUUUUUAUUUUUAAGAUUUAUAUUUUUUACUAAAUAUGCUAAUGUAUGAAGCUUUUGUUUGUGUACUGUGAAACAUAAUGGAAUAUUUCACAUUUCUUAUUGUUAAAUCAUUGUAUAGUAAAUAUAUUGUUAGUUUUCAUAUAAAGAAGUACUAAAAAUAGAUAUUAAUUGUAUUGUUGUUGCUUAGGAUUUUUACAUUUUUAAAUGAAUAAAAAAAAGUGCAGACUGUAAUGCGUUUAAGCAUAACCAGCAGUCAUGAUAUCAUUAAGGCACAUACAUUAUGCUAAAGCGUUUAGGAAAUCGGCUGCCAUUUUUGUUGUUGUUGUUUUCUGUUUGGUUGUUUAGUGGUUGGACGCUGAGGUAGUCUGUGAUUGGCUGAGGAAGUGCGUUUAGCAGGACUCCUAGCUUCUCUGAAUUGUCGAGUAGUAAAUCACUGAUACUCGACGACUCGCUCAAGUGCCUUGCCUCAAACUUAAGCCUCUGUGAGCAAUUUAAGAUUGUAGUUAAAACAACUAGGUAAUUAAAUGCUUGUGCACAUUACUGCAAAAAUGUAAUUCAUUUUUAUUUUGCAAAUGAAGUAUAUUCAGUACGGUGUAUACUGGCUUAUUCUGAUGCAUAUCUCUCUGCAGGUGGGAUGUACAGAGUAACUGUUUCAGCAUGUUGGGCGUACAGACAAAGUAACUCUGCAGGUGGGGUGUACAGACUUUAAGUAACUGUGCAGAUAGGGUGUACUGUCAGAGUAACUCUUUCUGCAGAUGGGGUGUACAGACAGAGUAACUCUGUCCGUGCCUGUACCCUUGCAUCAGUUUUAAAACCCCAUCCCCAUUUCUCCUGUCUAAAAGGGAAUUGGUGCUGUUUUUGGUAAUCGUUGGUGCAGUAUCCGGAAAGCAUUGAGCAUCCUUUUCAUUUAAGUGUUAUGGGCCCAAAAAAAAUUGGGUAACAGUUUUAAUGUUAAUUUUUUAAACUAUGUUGGAGGAAAAAAAUCAAACCGGCAGUGUUUGCAAUUGUCUUUUUUAAACGCUGAGAAGCAACAUUCCGUAAGGCCUUUACGGAGGAUGUCAGCAAUGUGGAAUCUGUAAACUGUGUUGUCAAAUACGACAGUGUAAUGUGCUUAGGUUAAUCUAAUUGAAAUGACCUACUACUGUGUUCACGAACAGUGUAUUUGUAUGUGCUCCUUAGACCCCGUCCUUUAAUAUUUACAGCAAUCAGUAUGUUCUGCAAUGUUCGAAAGAAAGAGGUCCGGUUCAAUUUGCGAUCCGGGGCGGCGGAUCGAUUCGUAGCCUGGAAUUCACGCUAGUCGGCACAAGCGUUAGAAAUCGCGCACGGCUCGUUGUCGUCCAUGUUAGUCGCAGAGAGCGGAGUAGACGGUUUCUUUGCGGAUUCCAAUACCUUAAAGAAAAGGAAAGUUCAGUGCACAGCUUCGGGAGUGUAUUUUAAAGCCGUACCGGUUCCCACGUGUCCGCGCGUCUUUCGUAACGCACUUUUGUGCGUACGGCUCACGUUUUUGUGUAAGGUUAGAAGAAACCCGCAGGCUAAAAAAAAAAAAAAAAAAAGUCCUAUUGCAUGUUCCAUUCCAGUUUAUUCCAGUAGACUGCCAUGCUAGAUGAGCUUUGACCUUUUUGAUUUUGAGUAUUUUCUUUCUGUGACAUGAAAGACAUUCAGAAAUCUCAGCAACAUAACUUAACAUCCAUUACAUAUUGUCUGUAAUACGUGCACAUAUUGUUAAAAAAGUAUGUUGUAUUUGUGCAAAGUGUGGGAAUUUGCUACAAGCUCUUGGUUAGUUGUUAUGCUGACCACAGAAUGUCAUUUGAGUUCAGCAUUUCUCAGUUUUGUUAUCAACUGGAGGAAAAAUACAUUUUAAUGUAGAGUUGAUGAAAUUGGCUGUAAAACCACCUAGUUCAACUGACCACAGUAAUUCAGAUUGUUCUGGCUUAAUAUUUCAUUGAGCAAGCAUUGCGUACUAAUGUAGAUUUAAAUCAAAUGAACCAAAGUGCUGUAACCAGUAGUUUCUUCUUGGUGUUGCUUUCAAGGUUAUGUAUUCAGAUAUUAAAAACUUACAGUUAGUAUAGUAAAGGUAAAUGUAUUUCAUAUUUAAUGAAGGAGGAAGAAUCUAUGCCAACUGCUUUUGCUGACAAUAUUAAUGGACUGUUAGCCCAUUUUGUAGUUUGCCAAAGACCUUUACUAUUUUAUGAUAUUUGUCUUUUUUGUUGUUGUCUUUAUUACUAUUUUUAUUUUAAUAUUCUAGGCAAGAAGUGGCUGGGAAUCUGAUUUUGAGAAACGACCAAACCUGAUAACCUUAUUUAAAAUAGUGGGUGCAUUUAUAUUAAUUAUAAUGGCAACAAAAUAUUGUGUUGCAGAAACAAAAAGAUUGUGGUUUGUACAUAUAUACUGAAUGCACAGAUUUUACCUUUAUGAUUUAAACUGGCAGCAGUUCAUAGUGAAGUAAUGGUUUUUAUCAUUAUUAUUGUUAUUCUUCAGUGGCCAUAUCGAUUUACUACUUAAUUAAAAUGAGUUUCAUUUUAUUGAUUUUGUAAGCCUGGGUAAGCCUCUUUCAUACUGAAUAUAAAUGGGUGUGCACUGUUAUAUUCUGUCAGUAUGAUGAAGUGUUCACUUGGACUGUGAGGUGCUUUCUUUAGUGCUCAAGCGGCUGGUUUGUUGGAUCCAUGUUUGCGUACACAACACAGUUCCUCAAGAGUUCACGGCAUGCUUUCUUGUCCUUUUUUAGAUGAAAAUGUAGUGUUUCUCUUGAAGGAUGGCCAUUUUUGUGAUCUGCGGAGUCGGUUUGUGCUGUCCGUGACCAGCCCUCGCCUGGCUAAGCUCUGGUGGCUAAAUUGCUAUUGCUGCUAAGUGCAGUUCCAGCCUCCCAUGGUCAGUACAGACAGUUGUGGUUCACAGGGCUCAUUCUCGCUCAUAAAGCAGCGCAGUGCUAGCUGUGGUUCACAGGGCUCAUUCUCGCUCGUAAAGCAGCGCAGUGCUAGCUGUGGUUCACAGGGCUCAUUCUCGCUCGUAAAGCAGCGCAGUGCUAGCUGUGGUUCACAGGGCUCAUCCUCGCUUGUAAAGCAGCGCAGUGCUAGCUGUGGUUCACAGGGCUCAUUCUCGCUCAUAAAGCAGCGCAGUGCUAGCUGUGGUUCGCAGGGCUCAUUCUCGCUCGUAAAGCAGCUCAGUGCUGACUCUGGCAUGCUCCCUGUGUAUGCUGGCUUUGAGGAACAUCCAUGACAUUACAUUUAUUUGGCAGACGCUUUUAUCCAAAGCGACACAGUAAGUGCAUCCUUUGCCUAAACCAACUGUUCUUUGCUCUGUGACCUACUUAAAAAGAGUGAACUCACAGUUUCUAUGUUUUAGAUGUAUUGGCUUCUUUUGAAUAAGAAAAUUGGCCCUCAAAUUCCAUAAUUUUUUAAUGCAAAUAUGCAGUAUUUAACAAAACAAAAUUUGGGGCAGUGUUGCCGUGUGAAACAUUGCAGCAGACAAUCGUUGAGGGUUAAGGGUCUCGAGUUCAUGCUCAUCAUGUUUAUCCACUGCAGAGACACCUGUGAACUUGUCCUUCCUUAUGCGAGGGACUUCCCCCACCCCACUUCCUGUUUCUCCCUGCAUGCUGUUCUUAUGUGAGGUACUUUCCCUGCCCCUCUUCCUGUUUCUCCCUGUAUGCUUUUCCUUAUGUGCAGGACUUGCUCACCCUACUUCCUGUCUCUCCCUGUAAGCUGUUCCUCAUGUGUGGGACUUCCCCACCGCUCUUCCUGUCUCUCCCUGCAAGCUGUUCCUCAUGUGUGGGACUUCCCCACCGGUCUCCCUGCCGCUCCCUGUAAGCUGUUCCUUAUGUGUGGGACUCUUCCUGUUUCUCCCUGUAAGCUAUUCCUCAUGUGAGGGACUUCCCUGCCCCACUUCCUGUUUCUCCCUGUAAGCUGUUCCUCAUGUGUGGGACUUCCCCACCGCUCUUCCUGUCUCUCCCUGCAAGCUGUUCCUCAUGUGUGGGACUUCCCCACCGGUCUCCCUGCCGCUCCCUGUAAGCUGUUCCUUAUGUGUGGGACUCUUCCUGUUUCUCCCUGUAAGCUAUUCCUCAUGUGAGGGACUUCCCUGCCCCACUUCCUGUUUCUCCCUGUAAGCUGUUCCUUAUGUGAGGUACUUCUCCCUGCCCCACUUCCUGUUUCUCCCUGUAAGCUUUUCCUUAUGUGAGGGACUUCCCUCGCCCACUUCCUGUCUCUCCCUGUAGGCUGUUCCUUAUGUGUGGGACUUCCCCUGCCCCACUUCCUGUCUCUCCCUGUAAGCUGUUCCUUAUGUGAGGGACUUCCCUCGCCCCACUUCCUGUCUCUCCCUGUAAGCUGUUCCUCAUGUGUGGGACUUUCCCUGCCCUACUUCCUGUCUCUCCCUGUAAGCUGUUCCUUAUGCAGCCUUUUGGUACAGUGGUUGGAGCUUGAUGAGGCUAAACCCUGAAACCUUGUACCAGGACCACCGUGUGGCUAAUGACACACAUUAGCUAGUAGGAGAUAGUAAUGACUUUAAAUGCAGUGUUUGGUUCAGUGGUGUUCGUGACCUACUGCUCUACUGUCUGUAUUGGCCGUUAAACGGACGUGUUGUGCGUCGUGACCACCACCUGAUGCAAGUCCUUUUGAUUCCACUGUACCCUGUACCACAGUGCAUUGGCAACCCCUUUCAGCAGGACAUAAUAAACUCACCAGGCAGUUGAUGCUAAAGAAAAGCACAUAAGAGGAAAGCCUCACCGUUUGCAGUGUGUAAAUGAGCUGUAUUAAUUAUUCACAUUCUACUGUGGAUACUCCUUUCCUCCCAUUCCUGUGAAUCCUUUUGUAUCGAUAUUGUAAUUAUUGCUUCAGAGGGUAUUUAUGCAAUAUUGUGGAUAUCAUGGAAAAGAACGAAGUUGGUCGCAUCUACAAUUCACAGGAGUUUUACAUU